ACACGGACAGGAGAACUUGAAAAGCUGUAGUUUCCCAUUUAGGCAAUACCAGCACGCCAGAACACUGAGAGCAAUGGGAGAAGGCUGCUUUCAUUUUCACUACUUUCCUGCCCAGAGAGACAGAGCAGCAAUGGCUGAGAAGAGAUCGCCACAAGACCCAGUUAAAGAAAUAAAGAUGAUUGCCAGCACCAUGCUUGGUGGCUUCUUGGAAGACUUGAAGGAAAAGAAGGUACUAGAUAAACGUGACUUACAAACAAUAGGGAAAAAAGUGAACUUCAUUGUGAAUAAGACUGAAAACCUGGUUGAUGACCUCUCUGAGAAAACUCAAGUGGUAGGUCAAGUAUUUAUGGACCGUUUCGUCAAUUCCAGGAACCUGCUGAGUUUAAGUAUAUCCAGUGAUGGAGAAGGAGGGCCGAACACGCCUGGCCUCAUCAUCUGUAACAAAGAAUUUGACCAUCUUUCUGUGCGAGAAGGCUCUGAAAAUGACAUUUUGGGGAUGCAAGGCCUCCUUGAAAACCUUGGAUAUUCGGUGGUUAUAAAGGAAAAUCUCACAGCUCUGGAAAUGAUAACGGAGCUGAAGAACUUCGCUGCCCGCCAGGAGCACCAGUUCUCAGACAGCACGUUCCUGGUGUUCAUGUCCCAUGGCACCCUGGACGGGAUCUGUGGCAGGAAGCACAGAGAUGAAGAGCCAGACAUUCUUCCUGAUGACACCAUCUUCCAGAUUUUCAACAACCGUACCUGCCACGGUCUCAAGGACAAGCCCAAGGUCAUCAUCACGCAGGCCUGCCGAGGCAGAGGUGACGGGGCCGUCUGGGUGACCGACAUGGGAGAAGCACUUGCGUGGACAUGUUACCAGCCCUUGGAGCGCUACAUCUCCAGUGAUGCCAUAAAAAAGACCCACGUAGAGAAGGACUUCAUCGCUUUCAAAUCUUCAACUCCACAUAACGUAUCCUGGAGAUUGAACACAGAGGGGUCUGUCUUCAUUUCCCAACUUAUCCACUACUUGGGAGAGUACUCUUGUUGUCACCAUUUGGAGGAGAUUUUCCGAAAGGUUCAAAAUGCAUUUGAGAAACCCAAUGCAAUGAUCCAGAUGCCCACGAUUGAGAGGUUAUCCAUGACGCGAUAUUUCUACCUCUUUCCUGGGAAUUAAAAUCCAUCUGAAGCGUCUCGGGUAAACGUCUCCAAGAAGCGGACUUGGGUGCUCCCUGCUCAGAGUCUGUGCGUAUAAUCUAGAGAGAGCGGAGAGCAGGGACGGAGGGCAGCCGCCCACUAGCUACAGUCACCUCUGCAUUUUCUUAAUGGCCCUGGUAAAACUCUGCUUUCUUUUGAAAUUACUAGAAAUUGUAAGUCUAAUGGUAGCCAGCUAGAAAAUCCUUCAGUCUUCAUGUCUCUCAAGGACCUACCUAGUGAGUGGAAAAUAUUUAGUUCCAACGCAUGCGUAAAACAGCUGGCCUUGUGCGGGCAGCUGACGUGUGGCUUCCUCCCCAAGAAGUCAGGUGCGCUGAGUCUCAUUCCUCUGUUUCUGACAAGGUCCGCCUGACCACGGGGCCAGCUGAUGGCUGCUGGGUCCAUGCUGCGACCGUGAGGCUCCUGGCAGAUCCUCCCCUUGGGGGAUGAGGGGCUCAUGGCCCUUCUGUGAAGGCACACCUCAUAGUAGAGAUUAGUGCUAUUCAUGUCUUACCUCCAAUAACAUCUUUACUUAUGUUUUCUUCUUUCUAAUUUUCCCAGGAAAAUCUAGCCAUUCCAUUUUCUGUGAAUCUACUACUUUAAAAGGUUAAUGUUCGAAUGUGAAUAUUUUUCUACCAAAAUUCCCACUUGUCCACCCUGAAACAAUGCCACGUGAAAACCAUGGUCAUAGUGUUGCUGAGUUAGUGCUUAAUAAAAUUUUUUGAAAAUAA